AUGAAUAGAUUAUUUAUAACUAAAUGCAGCAUAAUUGUACUGAAAAUUGUUGUUACUUCUUUGCAGUUGGUGGCCACCUUAGGUAUGAUAGUUUUCAACGCCCUCGAUUACCUGAUGCCCAUGGAAGAGGAACGAAAGUUGAGCCGUCCGUUGGAGUCUCUCAUCGAGAGGAUGACUUCCGCUCAUUCCUUCACCGGGAACGACUCUUGUGAGGAAACAGACUCCUCUUCCCAGAAUGCUGACGAGGGCAUCGAGCAAGACUCAGGAGAGGAUGACCACAUCCUACACGCCAGCGACGAUGCCGAUAUUGACGUGAAGCAUCACAAGGGGCUAUCCUUUAUCCAAGUCAUGGAGUUAUGCGCCAAUAACCUAGCCAGUCCUGAACAAGCAGAUCCGCACUAUAAAGCUGUCUGUCGGGCAUUAGUAGCAGAAGUUCUGGAGUUAACUACUUUCCUUGAAAAUAUAUACAACAGAACACAGAUAUUACAGUUUUCCGAUGCAGAUGAAACAGACAGCCGGACUUUAGAAAAGUUAAAAAUUCAGGACUGGGCAAGACUUUGGAUGCAAGUUAUACAUCAACUUAGGCAAGGAGUUAAGUUAAAGAAGGUAGAUACAGCACAAAUACAUCAUCCCAUUGAAUAUGAACUUACUCCUUAUGAAAUGCUCCUCGAUGAUAUACGGUCACGUCGGUAUAAGCUUAGACAAGUUAUGGUGAAUGGUGACAUUCCAUCAAGAGUCAAAAAAGAUGCACAUGCUCUUAUCCUUGAGUUCAUUCGUUCUAGGCCACCUUUAGUUCCAGUAUCAAAACGUAAAUUACCUCCUACUCCACCAAGGCAGCUGACAUUAUAUGAAAAACUGAUGGCUUCAAUUAAAAAACAGCAUAAGUUAAAACCAACGAAGCCUCCAAAUGGGGAUAGUAAUAAAAGAAAAAUUGAGACAUCUCGAACAAAGCUAGAAGAAUCAGACGAAACACCACAAACUCAAAGACGACUGAUCAAAGCAGACAUAAAUUUAGGAUUUUUUUCCAGUUGCGAGGACAUAGAUGAUUUACCUCAAAGUCCUUUAGAUGAACCUCAGUCAUUACCGUUUGAAAACAGGAACAAUCCUGAUUCUUCUCUUGAGAGGAGUAGUAGUCAAACAGAAUCACUGAGCCCAUCUGAACGAAGGCAUAGUAUAAGUGUAUGUGAAUCUCCUCCGAAGUCUUGUGAUCAAACUCCUUUAGAUGAAAUAACACCCAAUGAUCAUUUCUCAGUAUUUUCUGAGCGUUCUAGUCAAUCGAGGUCGGAUUACUGGAAAUCUUCACAAUGGCAAUCUCUUGAGUGCCUAUCAUUAACGCUUGAGGAGGUUGUGCACAUUCGAAAUGUUCUCACAAAAGCCGAAUUAGAAUCACUUAUAGUGAAUCCAGCGCUUUAUGAGGAUAUUCGUAAGGGAAAAGUAUGCUUCACGUGUAAACAAGUUCGUUUCUCUUUUUUUGGGCAGUGGGGUGUAAAAUGCAAAAUGUGCGAAAGAUCAGUCUGCGAUAAAUGCAGUAGUAAGAUGCGCAUUCCAACUGAACAUUUUGCAAGAAUACCUGUGUAUAUGCUCAGUCCCACUCCCAGUCCUCCUCCAGAAGAAGAAUCUAGUCACUCUUUCUGGAAGUUCUCAGAUGUUUUUGGAACUUCCGAAGGGAAGGAAAAUUCUCAGGCUACUCCAAAAGUAACAAGGCAAAAGACAACUGUUGAGGAUGUUCCAGCGAAGAGGAGGCUUACCUUUCGUCAUUCCGAAUCUGUACAUGUGAUAGCUAACAAAAAAGAUAGAAACUCAUUACCUGCGGCCCCCAGAAAGAGGGCACCUUUACAACGAUCUAAAACUCUUGUACCUUCUGAAACAUUAAAUGAAAAGAACAGUCCGUGUCAAGACGAUAAAAUGAAAGGACCUAUAGAAUCAGUUUGUCGUGAGUGCAAAGUAAUGGUCUGUAAUAUCAUAUUGGCCAGUCAGGACAAAGUGAGCUUCAAACAAAGGAGGAAACGAAAUUCAAGAACCUGGCCGCAAAAAAGAAUGCAUAUCACUAAUGGAAGCUAUACAAAAUAGUUCAUAGUAAAAAAAAAAAAAAAAACUGAUGUAUAUGAUGUAUUAAAAACGAUGUAUCCUGUGUUUCUACUUUUGAAGUCUAACUCUGUAAAAAAGUAUGCAGAUAUGCUUGAACCUUCUAAAAUGCAAGUUCUUUCCUAUAAUCAAAUGUUUUGUGGAUUAUGGAAGUGGACUUUUAAAUUAAGCAUUUUACUGAAGAAUUUUUAAGUUUUGCUCUGUUCUAACAAUUGUUACAAAUUAAUGUUAUGAUAAGUUUUGUCAAACAAAACCGUUUUGAGUCAACAUUAAUUUCAUAUUAAGUUGAUUCUGUGCAUCCUUUUACAAAGAAAUCACAAUUUUAUGCAAAGUACUCAGUUGUGUUUGGAGAAAAGUGGUACAUUUCAUAGCAAAACUAAAAAAAUAUGCAUAUUUUUAAAAUUUCCCAGUAAUUCCUGCACGCUUUCUGUAUUUUGUGUAAUAAAAUUUCAUUUAAAUGUUAAUAUAUUUAAUUUAAUUUUGAUUGUAGUUAUGUUUAGUAUUUUUCUCUUAAAAAUAUUUAUUCAUUUUUAAAAAACUGAUAUGCAUGUUAAGUACACAUAUUAAAAGAUAAAUACUUACAAGAAUAUAAUCCUACUGUGCAAAUCAUAGGAUUUUAAACGUUUUAAAUUCUUCUAAGGUUGUAUAGUUUCAGAUCAGCAGCAAGUGUAUGUAGCGUGAUUCAUAUUUUAACUGUAUUCUGGGAAAGAGGGAUGGAAUAACUAGGUUUAGAAUUCUUAUAAUUACAAUUUCAUUCACUGCAACUUUCAGAAAUUUUAUGGGAACUGAAUCAUUAAAAUUUAAGAUGAUUUGGUUCAUAACUGAAAUAAAUUUAUUAAUUAUUCUAAAUAUGAAUCAGAUUUCUUAUUUGAUAUGUUAUUAUCAAAUAAGAAUCAUUUAGAUGUCUAACUAUAGGUCAAAGAAAGCAUCAUAAAAAUAACGAAAAUCUUAGAAUAUAAAUUUUGAAAACGUUUUCCCUAAUUUGAUUUUUUCCAUUUGCGUGAUAUUUUAAUGGAUAUAUUAUACAAUUUCAUAUAUUUUAUUGUAUAAAUUAACGCAGCUGAUUAUACAAUAUUCAGUAAAUGAUUAUUUGUUCAUUUCAUAACCUUUGGAAAAACUUUGAAACUUCUCAUUUUUUUUAGUAAAUAUUGUGAUGCAAUUUCGGACAAAAUGUUAGUAAUCAACUGCUGAUAAUCGAUUAAUUAAAACUGUUAGUAAUUUUAAACCUAAAUUAUGCUGGGAGAUGUUUUAUAUUUUUGAGGUACAGAAUGUUCUGUUUCAACAGUGGUUGAAAUAUACAUAGAAUACAGAGCAAAAAUUUUCAUUCUGUCUUUUUUAAAAUUUGAUUAAAUACAUUUUAAUUUUACUUUUAAUGUUUAAAAGUGAAUUUUUUAUAUCCCAGUGGGAAAAAAAUUAAUAAAUUUUAAAAGAACUGUUAGAAUACUUUUUCUUAAUACCUGUGAGCAAAAUAGGUAAGCGUGGAAAAAUACACCAGACAUUUUUAUACUUUUACUGUUGUUUUAAAAUAUGCGUAUUUAAGAACUGUGUUUUAUGAAAACAAAUAUAAUGGCCUACUUUAUUGUUAAAGAAAUUGUUUUUCUAGGGAAGAAAAAAAUAACUUCCAUCUGCUAACUACUACUUUCUUCUAAAGAAAAGAAGAAAAUAUUGCCCUUACGUUCCUCUUAAAUACCAAUCUGAAGUUUCAAAAUUAUAGUUGUUGUUAACUAAUUAAUAUUUUGUUGAAAAAUUAUGCUAUACGAACGAGCUUUUCAACUGGCGCGCCUUUCUUUAAAUUGUUCUUAGUACGAUUUACAAAUGCUUGACAAAAUGAGAAUUUUUUUAAAAAAAUUGGCUGUAAUAUAUAUAGUCUCAGAAGCAGAAUAUUAUGUAUAUAAUUUUUGAAAUAUACAUUUUAUCAAAAGUGAAGGAAUGGAAAUUAUUAUAUUUCUUAGUUCAGGAGUUCAUCAGAUUUAUGUAUAUAAAUAUACCCGAAAUUUUAAUUUGGCAGUGUGUUAUUAAAAGUGAGUUAAGUUAUUUAUGAAGUUAAUUUUGCUUGCAUUGUGGCUUGUAGACUUUUUUUAAAUUGCAACUCAAAUGGUGAGACCAUAAUCGUUAGGUACUUUAGGCUGUACAGUCAGUGACUGUUUUGUAUAUAGUAUAUAUUUGCUACUAGUACCUUCCUUAUAAUGACUGUUUGUAUAUAUUUGUAAAAUAUUGAGGUACUGUAUGUACGUUACUUAAAUUGUACAUUUGUGACAUUAUGUACUGUUUUAUGUCUGCAUUAAAUAACUAAUUAAACUCA